UGUUUUCCAUUUCUCAUAUAACGCUUCAUUCGUGUUUGCUCUCUCUGUCUCUUUUUCUUUUUCCUCUUCAAUUUGCUUUCUUUAGUUCUUGUACGUCAAUCUCAAAGUUGGCAAACACAAUAUUCUAUUAUUUGAUUUUAUAUACAGUCCUUCAGGAUGAGAAGGAACUGCAGUCUUGAACUCCGCCCUGUUCCUUUCUCCGAUUCGGGCCACAACCACCGGGAGCAGCAGGCAAUUGAAAGCCCACAGGAGAGACAGCAGCUAACUAUUUUCUACAAUGGGAGGGUUUGCGUCUGUUAUGUUACAGAGGUCCAAGCUAGAGCCAUACUGUCGCUCGCAAGUCGAGAGAUGGAAGAUAAAAUGACGACUUCAUUACUCGGAACGCCGACCGGCCGGUCAGAAUUUGUUUCGCCAUUGCCAUCUCCGCUGUGUAGCCCUAGCACCGGUCUAUCCAUGAAGAGAUCAAUCCAACGUUUCCUCCAGAAGAGGAAGCAUAGGGCUCAGGCAACUUCUCCUUACAAUUAUUAAUAGUAUUGUUGAGAACGGAAAAUUAAUAUUGUACGUAGGUUUGAAGCCUAUAAUGUGUACCGUUCUAAUUAAAAGGAUAUUUUGUAAAUUAAUCAUAUGCCAUUGUGUCUUAGUGGCCAGCUUUUCUUUAUAAUUAUAUAUUUUACAUUUCUUUA